AAUAUAAGUGACACCUUAAACACGAAGUUCUGCAGAUAUUGAGCAUUUAUCUCGCCCUGCGAGUUGUCCCCUGUGAAGUCUUUUAUAAUGGAGCGAUCUGUGUCUCACACGUUUGCUGGCACUUCCCACGCGAGGCACACAUGUUAUAAAGUCGUCCAAAAUUGUAAAUUAACAGUCUGUGCUUUACGAUGCGAAGCUAGUCGUUCCAUCCUCAAAGGGAUUACCUCUUUUCUUUCGAAGAGGCCAGCAACUUCUGGGCACAAAAAAUCGUUCCAAUUGAAAUUACAAAUGUCUGGGAACGCCCAGCCAGCUGGAGCCUUUACAGCUCCCACAGAUCCUCUAGUGCAAAAGCAGGUGGAUAGAGCUGCAGACAUAGUGACCGAUCUCAUGGAGGAGGUCAAUAAGGACCUCUUUGUAGCUACAGCUGUAGCCGACAUUACACGGGAAGCGCCAGAGGUGACAGAGAGAGAUGCAAUUAAGGCAGCAGUGGAGAAGCGGAUAGACAGCCUGGAUGAGUUCUUUGUGGCCACUCUGCGCCUGUUUGCUCAGGCCGCCAGCGAGCAGAGCAACCACGACCUGGCAGAGCGGCUGGGAGCAAUAGAGGAGGAGGUUUUGGCGCAAGUGGCGAAGCGGCUGCCAGCAGAGCUGCGCGUGCUGGACGCUGUGCAGCGACUAACCUCCAGUGAGGAGCGGGUGGAUCUGCUGAGGAGGGCGGCGUCGGGGGCGGCCGCUGAUGUCAGCAUGCCGGCCGCUGAUGUCAGCGUGCCCGCCUGCCAGCUCAGCAGCCUGCAGACCAUCGCCAACCAGGUCAUUGAUGACAUGGAGGACAAGGAAGCCGUCCCCGACAAGCAGCUGCUGGCCAGGCUGUGUCUGAUAAGGGAGGAGCUGUCAGUGGUGGCGGCAGAGCAGGGCAGCGACAGCAGCGGCAGCGCUUUUGCAGAGGCCAAGGUGAUAUACCAGCGACUCAUCCCCCAGGGGACUGCAGCGCGCGCUCUGCUAAAGAAGGCACUGGACGAGGGCUUUGAAGAUUCCUCCAAGGCGCGGCGGCCGCGCGGCACCGAGGCGGUGCGGCCGGGGCGGCUGCUGACGUGUCUCACCGGCAUGCAGCGCGAGCUGGCGGCGCAAGGGAACGCCGCCAACCAGCCCAUCCUGAACAGGCUGGAGGAGCUGCGCCUGGCCACGCUGCAGCUGCUCGCCUCGCUGGCGUAUGACUCAUGA